AUGCCACCCACGAUCAGCCAUGUGGCGGCCUACGCCCCCAACGAAUACAUCCAGACCGCUUUGACGGGCAACAAGGUGUCGAGAAAGGCGACCAUUCUGGGAUCACAAAAUAUCAUCCUGGGAGGCAAAUGCAUCAUCCAGCACGGAGCCAUCAUUCGAGGCGACUUGCGCCGAAUCGCCGCUUCCUCGACCUCAAGCUCCACCGGCUCUGGGCAGCAAACGCAGUCGGUAGCGAUCUUCAUCGGGCGGUACUGCCUGUUGGCUGAAUCGAGCGUCAUCCGACCUCCAUACAAGACGUAUAAAGGUGUCUUUUCGUAUUACCCGAUGAAGGUGGGCGAUCAUGUGUCGGUGGGGGCCAACACGGUGCUCGAGGCGGCUUCGGUGGGCUCGCACGUCGAGAUUGGCGCCAAUUGCAUUGUUGGACGCUUUGUGAUCAUCAAGGACUGCGCGAGGAUCCUGGACGGCAGUGUGGUAGCGCCCAAUACGGUGGUGCCGUCGUUUUCCAUCUUUGCAGGCAGUCCGGCAACGCAGAUCGGCGAGCUCCCCGAGACGUUCUCCGAGAGCUGCGAGGCCAAGAUGAAGGACUUCUACCAGCGCUUCCGACCUACCAGCGAGAGCAUCGCCGCGAUGAGGUCCGCACGAUUCAAUUUGCUGAUCGACCUCAACGGCACUUGCCACAUCGGAGACACGCCGACAUUGGGAGCGGUCCAGGCAAUCCAGAGGUUGCGCGCCGUGCAGCAACAACAGCCGGACCGCGUCAACAUCCGCUUCUGCAGCAACACGAGCAAGGAGUCAUCGUCGUCCCUCUUGUCGCGCCUGCGUCGCGUCGGUCUGGGCGCCGAGCUUGUCGGCAGCUCCGGUGUCUUCACCAGCCUCGAUGCGGCGUAUCGGCUGGUGGCGCGUCAGAAGCUCCGACCGUUGUUGCUCCUCAGUCAAUCGGCUCAGACUGCCUUCCGAGGCGAUGAUACGCUUGCCCGAGACUGCUUCUUCGCGCACGCCGACCUCGAUCCGGAGAGGCUCGACGCGCAGAAUGCAGCCAAGCUACGCUCGUGCGACGCCGUGGUCGUGGGCCUUUGCCCCGAGCUCAUGACGAGCAAGUGGCUUGAUGAAGCGUUCAGGCUUCUAGCAGGCGAGUACGAUGCGAAGCAAAGCGUGGCUCUCAUCACGACGCAUCGCGCACUCUAUCAUCGCCCGACCCAGGAUGGACCGCUCUCGCUCGGGCCUGGCGCUUUCGUGGCGGCGCUAGAAGCUGCGUCAGGUCGCCAAGUCAGCGAGACGAUUGUGUGUGGCAAGCCGCAGCCAGCGUUUCUGCAAGAGUGCGUUGCGGGCAUGAUCGGUGCCGACGAGUCUAUGAGCGACUUUACAAACAUUAUCGUGGGCGACGAUAUCGUAGCCGACCUCGGCCAAGGAACCUGGCAGCUCGGACUGCGCCGGGUGCUAGUGCGCACGGGCAAGUACAGAAACGGUGACGAGAGUCGUGGAGACAGGGCCGCCGACGAGACGCACGACUCGCUUGCGUCAUGGGUGGACCAUUUCAUCGCCAACGAUCUCAACCCAAAGUAG